GGACUUGACGUGGUGGUAACAAGGAGAUACAGGGGCCAGGCUGAGCACGUGCGAGGGUCUGGCGCGUUCUUGACUUCCCUUUCUCCCCCCACAGACUGAGGUCACCUGUGUCAUCAGUCCUGCCUCCUUAGCACCUCAGAUCCACUAACCCAGCACCCCCAUCUAGUCUGAGCCACUGUCAUUUCUCCCUGACGUUUCUGGGACUGCCUCCUGUGACUGGCCUUCAGUUGUGUGGGCAUGCCCCUCCCCCCAGGCCAUCAGUUCAGUUCUCCACAGUAUAGCUGGAAUUAUCUUUGUAACAUGCACUGAUCCCAUCUCUCCUUUGUUUGAAACCUUUCCAUGGCUUCCCCUGUGCUCUUAGGACAACCUACGAACCCUAGCUUGGUCUGCGGUCCUUUCUCGGGCCUACAAACCUCUCUGCCUUUCUUCACGAACCCUGUUGCACAUUCUGAUGUGGCCACACUGGCCUCAAUUUAUGACCCCACCAGCGGGAUACAAGUGUGCCUGUGUCCCCGGUUCUUGGCCAGUCCAGGCAUUACUUAGCAUGUACGUGCUCAGUUCUCAGCUAACCUGAGGGCGAGACCUGGUCUCUAGAGCAGGACAGAGGUGACAGUUGGCUUGUGGGCACAGAUCUUGUCUCUGCCCUCUUCCAGCAGCCACUCUACUCCCCUGGCUGACUUCUGACAGCCUUCGGGUCUUGGCUGAACUGUGCAUCUUGACCCCAGAAACGGGUUGGGCGUCCCUUGUCCCAUAACACCCUUUGCUUCCUCACCGUGGCCCCAGUCAAAUCGUGUGUCGGUUGUCGAUGCUCCUGCCUGUCUCCUGUGCUGCACUGAGAGCUCUGUGGGGCCAGGAACCACUCAGACGAAUGCCUCAUGCAGGACCUGGCUGUCACAGGCUGUCACAGGUGCUGGAUGUUGGAAUGAACGGAGGCUCUCAGCAGGCUGUACUGGCCCUGGGAACCAGAACACUCGCUGUGGAGGCCACAGAGGGUAGGGAGGACGGUGAGGAGGUAACUCAGGGCUUGUGUUUGGUGAUCGACCUUUUCUUCUCCACCUCUCUCCCCCACCUUCUAAAAUAGACGGGACAGGGCAGACUUGGGUGACUGAGAAGAUACACAAAGGACAGACAUUUCAGACUUCCAAGAUGGUGAUCCCACGAGAGUCCGCCUGUCUAGCCUUAGAUAUUUAUGUAUGUAUGUGUUGAUUUAAUGUUUGUUUACUUUUGAGAGAGACAGAGUGUGAGCAGGAGAGGGGUGGAGAGAGGGAGACACAGAAUCUGAAGCAGGCUCCGGGCUCUGAGCUGUCAGCACAGAGCCUGAUGUGGGGCCCGAACCCGUGAACCGUGAGAUCACGACCUGAGCCGGAGUUGGAUGCUCAAUAGACUGAGCCACCCAGGCGCCCCUGUGUUAAUUUAAAACGUAGAGCGAAAACAAUGUUCACAAGGGCGGGGUGGGGAGUCCCAUUCCUUCAAUGGACGGAGGAUUUUUUCCCCCCAUAGUGUGUCUGGUGACAUAUAGCGAUCUGUUUGUUAUUUGUCCCCUCCCCUCUGUAACACACGUCUCCUCGUGUUUAGUGCUGUUCUCUGUCUGUAGCUGUAUCUGAUACUUGGUUGGAGCUCAGUAGGUAUUGGUGUCAACGGGUGAGCACGUGAAACCCUUGCUUUAUGUCAAUGCACAUACAUCCUUUUUUAUUCUCUCGAAAAGAAGCCUACGUUGCACUUACAGCUGUAGGCUAGCUACAUCCCUGGAAGUGGACCUGUCGGGACAAAGGGAAUGUGCGUUUGACAUUUUUAUAAACAUGGCCAAAUUGCCCUCCAGGAAGGGUGCGUCGAUUUAUGGCCCCACCAGCGGAAUAUGAGCGGGCCUGUUUCCCUGGUUCUCAGCCAGUGCCAGGCAUUACUUAGCACCUGCUCAGUUCUCAGCUAACCUGAGGGAAAGACCUGGUCCCUGGAGCACGACAGAGGCGAUAGUUGGCUUGUGGGCAUGGGCUGUGCUGCACUGCCAAGUGCACAGGGCAGAUAGGUCAUGGCCCUUGGAGCCCCAAGGAGAGGGAGAGCCGUGGGGGGCGGGCGUCCGAGAGGCUACUGAAACUUACAGUCCUGGAGCAGGGCUUUGAGAACGGUCAUGGCCUGGAAGAGGGGUCUGUGGCCAGACCCGGGGCUUCUGGUGGAGUCACUGACGUCCUCCAGCAAGCACGUGGUGUUUGGGGAACGGCUGCGUAGACGACGCAGCCGCCUGUGGGGCAGGAGGCCUGUAAGCCACAGACCUCUCCGCUCACUGGGGCUUGGGUCUCAGAGGGCUUUUCACUCCCUUAAGGAGCUGGGCCCAUUUCAGCGUUGCGGAAGAACGGACAGGGAGAAUAAAAAUAAUAGGAGCUGGCAUUUAUUAGCCCUUCUUCUGUGCUAGGCCUCGGACUGAGAAGAAUUUAACACAUGAGGGGCAGGCACUCUCGUGAGCCCCAUUUUCUAGAAGGGGAAAUGGAGGCUCAGAGAAGGCCGGUGACCUGCCUAAGAUCAUGCAGCAAGCUCAGGUAGCCUUCCUCCAGGGAGAAAGGAAAGGGCAAGAGAACCUCAAGACAGACCUGGUGCGGCGGAUCAAGAUGUUGGAGUAUGCACUGAAGCAGGAAAGGGCCAAGUAUCACAAGUUGAAGUUCGGGACGGACCUGAACCAGGGGGAGAAGAAGCCAGAACUGGCAGAACAAGUUUCCAAUGGCCCCAUGGAGUCGGUCACCCUGGAGAACAGCCCGCUGGUGUGGAAGGAGGGGCGCCAGCUUCUCCGACAGUACCUGGAGGAGGUGGGCUACACGGACACCAUCCUGGACAUGCGGUCCAAACGCGUGCGGUCCCUCCUGGGUCGCUCGUUGGAGCUCAACGGGGCCGUGGAGCCCAGCGAAGGUGGCUCCAGGGCCACGCCAGGCCCCGGGGGGCUCAGUGGCGGUGAGUCGCUGCUGGUGAAACAGAUCGAAGAGCAGAUCAAAAGGAACGCGGCAGGCAAAGAUGGCAAAGAGCGCCUGGGCGGCUCGGUGCUGGAGCAGAUCCCCUUCCUGCAGAGCUGUGAGGACGAGGACAGUGACGAGGACGACGAGUUGGACAGUGUGCAGCACAAGAAACAGCGGGUGAAGCUGCCCUCCAAGGCCCUGGUGCCUGAAAUGGAGGACGAGGACGAGGAGGAUGACUCUGAAGAUGCCAUCAACGAGUUCGAUUUCUUGGGCUCGGGAGAGGAUGGGGAGGGCUCCCCGGACCCUCGACGAUGUGCCGCAGAGGGGACCCACCACGAGUUGGCCCCGUGCUUUGUCCCUGCAGAAAGCCGGCGGGUCAAACUCCAGGGAAUUUUGGCCGACCUUCGGGAUGUGGAUGGGCUGCCCCCUAAAGUGACGGGUCCCCCUCCUGGCACACCCCAGCCCCGGCCACACGAAGGUUCCUUUGGCUUCUCCUCAGACGUUUUCAUCAUGGACACUAUCGGGGGCGGGGAGGUGAGCCUGGGGGACUUGGCGGAUCUCACCGUCACCAACGACAACGACCUCAGCUGUGAUCUCUCUGACAGCAAAGAUGCCUUUAAGAAGACGUGGAACCCCAAAUUCACCCUGCGCUCACACUACGACGGCGUGCGCUCCCUGGCUUUCCACCACAGCCAGGCCGCCCUGCUCACCGCCUCUGAGGACGGCACGCUCAAGCUCUGGAACCUGCAGAAAGCCGUCACGGCCAAGAAGAACGCCGCGCUGGAUGUGGAGCCUAUCCACGCCUUCCGGGCUCACAGGGGCCCUGUGUUGGCAGUAGCCAUGGGCAGCAACAGCGAGUACUGCUACAGCGGCGGGGCCGACGCCCGCAUCCACAGCUGGAAGAUUCCGGACCUCAACGUGGACCCCUAUGACGGCUACGACCCGAGUGUGCUGAGCCACGUGCUGGAGGGCCACGGGGACGCUGUAUGGGGCCUAGCCUUCAGCCCCACCUCCCAGCGCCUGGCCUCCUGCUCUGCUGACGGCACCAUCCGCAUCUGGGACCCGAGCAGCAGCAGCCCAACCUGCCUCUGUACCUUCCUCACAGCCAGCGAUCAUGGGAUCCCCACCUCAGUGGCCUUCACCAGCACCGAGCCCGCCCACAUCGUGGCCUCCUUCCGCUCUGGCGACACGGUCUUGUACGAUCUGGAGGCUGGCAGUGCCCUCCUCUCGUUGGAGUCCCGGGGGAACAGUGGCCCAACCCAAAUCAACCAGGUGGUGAGUCACCCAAACCAGCCCCUCACCAUCACCGCCCACGACGACAGAGGCAUCCGCUUCCUGGACAGCCGGACAGGGAAAUCCGUGCACUCUAUGGUUGCCCACCUGGACGCGGUCACCUGCCUAGCCGUGGACCCCAAUGGCGUGUUCCUGAUGUCGGGAAGCCAUGACUGCUCCCUGCGUCUGUGGAGCCUGGACAACAAAACAUGCGUGCAGGAGAUCACGGCCCACCGCAAGAAGCACGAGGAGGCCAUCCACGCCGUCGCGUGCCACCCCAGCAAGGCCCUCAUUGCCAGCGCAGGCGCCGACGCCCUGGCCAAGGUCUUCGUAUGAUGCCCACCUGGCCCCGCCCCGGCCUCCACCUCGGCUGGGGAGCGGGGCCAGGCAGGUGGGACUGAGGCGACUCCCAGCCUCGGCGGAGGCCCGGAGGCCCGGCCUCUUCCCGCCUGCCUUGGAACCUGGUGGUGCUAAUGCCCCUUUCCCUGGGAGGCCAUCCCCCACAGCCUCCCCUUCCCCAAGCAUCCAGCCUGGGGGGCAGCCUCCUUCAGGACUUCCCCUCCCGGACGUCCUCGAGGAGUUUCCUCUCUGCACCCGGACACCCAGUCCUGGUAUCUGAACUGCUUUCUUGGGUGCAGCACAGCCAGGGCUGGGUGUCCUUGGGGAUCAGCUUUUCCAAGACGCCAGAAGGUGCCAGGUUCUCUCUUUGAACCCCCGAUACCCCCCUCCUUCUUCCCAGACCUGGGUGGUAGCUGUGCCGGGAAGAGCCCCAGGCGCCCCCGCUCUGGGUCCCCUGGGAAGCCAUGGCACCAGCUGGACCACCUGGUCCUCCUCAGCGGGGAGCGCCGGCCUGGUCCACUCCAGAAGCUAGCCCCAGUCCACCACCCUCUCCUCCAGUUCCCUCAACACAGCUUUCCAGACACUACCCAGCGCCUCCAGGGCCAGUAACUGCCUGGGGAUCAGGUGAUGCCCUCGGGGGAGGCGCCCACCCCUCUCCCCUCCCUCCCCCAGCACUCUUCCAAGGGCAACCCCCCAGCCCCCACGGGGUCACCCAUGGGGAGAGAUGGCCUUCUCUCACCCCUCCCUGGGGCAUGGAGGCUGGAGGGGGUCCCCCUGGUCCCCCACAACUCCCUGUAUAUCUGUAUAAAUAAAUGGGAUUUUAAUGGAGCCCCGCCCCCACCCAUGUUGUUAUCACUGUGUGAUAGUCUGUGUCUCCUCUCCUGGCCCUCCACUCUCUUCCUCUAUUUAUUUCACUCUUUUUUUGGGUUCCACCCUGAGCCCUCGGGCCCCCUUCAAGGUUCCUGUUUAUAAGCCCCGUCCCCUCUGCCCUGGACUUGGAUGUGAAACUUGUCUCAAUAAACCCUUUGGAGUAAGA